AUGGCACCCAAUACCUGGCUUCCCUUGUGGAACUCUACUCAAGAACCUCCUACAACCACUCUACAAGAACCAGAACCAAUAAAAAGUCGACUGAACCAAAAUACACCACCUCGUUCUCUUCUGUUAUCACCACAAAAAUCCACUAAUGGCAAUAGAAAAAGACACUUUUCCGCUGGUUCGAGUGCCAUGCAACCGCCAAAAGCAAAGAAUUUGGAGAUUCCAUCUCGUAGCUGGUUAUGGGGAGGAAGGUUGAAAAUGAAGACCGAGGACGACCAUGACGACACAUCAAACGGCAACGACGAAGUCCAAGACUACGAAAAUGAGGAUAUGGACGACGAAGAAGGAGACUAUGAAGAAGAGGAAGAGGAGGAGGAUUACAGUAACGAGGUUGAUGAAAGAGCAGUGAAGAAGAAACGAGGCUGGAGUUUCUGGAGCAACCAGAACACAGUCGAGAGUUCCCAGGACCAAAAGGACAACAGGGAAAGAGAAAACAAGGACGAGAAAACCGAUAAAGAGAAGGACAAAAAGCGUGAUGUUUCAAAUACUCUUCUUACGACGGCUUCGCUUCCUACAAAGCAGGAUCUUUUGGCGAACGACCAGAAACAACAGGACGGUGAAGUGGACGACGCUGUGCUCUAUAAACCUCAUGACCUGGCGCUGCAGUUCAACAAGAUCAACACUCACAAGAACGAAAACCUCCGCGAGAACCUUAUCGUUCCAAACUGGAAUCUGUGUCUUCCGCUGCAAAAUUCGUCUCUGAGUUCCACCACCGGGAUUGCACUGUCACUUUUCGGUUCUGCUUCUACUGCAAACCAGAACCAGCAACAAAAUCAAAAACUAGACCUUCGGAGUUGGCGCCAAGUAUUGAACCAGCUUCUGAACAGACUUGGUUUCAGCUCUCAGUCUCUCGUGGGAGUAGUUGGAAGUGCCGACAGAGAAGAUGGCGUGGAAAGUGAAGACUCUGCCGAAGGAGGUGCACACGCAGAAAUCAGCGAAUCCGACCAGGUUGAGCGAGAAGUCAAUCUCUUGUAUGAAAAAACCUAUAGACUUUACGGCCGCAGCCUUGCAAAAUUGCCAAAUAGAAAGAGAGCGUGCCUUCCCAACUACAACAAGUACUACACGGCCGACGGCCACACCCAGGAUCUGGAGCAGCACAAUUACCUGUACAAUCCAGAGCAGGGAGUCACCAUCAGCAAUGAUCCUAUGGGGAAUCUCUUGAUUAACCACAAGCCUAAUAGCGACCAAAAAAGCGGAACAUUUCAGUCUAAUAUCGUUACCCAGAAAGCAGGUCCGCUACGCAAAAUCAAGAAGAUUCUUAUAAUAGGAAUCCAUGGUUUUUUUCCCACCAGAAUGAUCAGACCAAUUAUUGGUGCACCCAAGGGAACGUCUCUCAAGUUUGCAAAUGAAGCCGAAAAGGCAAUGAUCCGUUACUGUAUGGAAAACAACAUGAUCUCGGAUGACGAAACAAAUAGCAUUUCGAUUCAAAAAAUCGCCCUUGAAAAGGAGGGAAAGAUAUUCGACCGAGUCCAGUUUUUCACUGACAUUUUGACCCAAUGGCAGCGAGAAAUCAACGAUGCCGACUUCAUCUUUGUUGCCUCACACUCGCAAGGCUGUGUGGUUUCGAUCAUCCUUCUUGCUCGUCUCAUCAAGUUGGGAAUCUUGAAAGAUGCCAUCAAAAAGCGCAUUGGUCUUUUGGGAAUGGCAGGCAUCAACAACGGUCCGUUUUAUGGGGUGGACAAAUCUUUCUUCAUGAAAGCAUACUCGGCUAUCGAGCACGACUCGCUCAUGGAGCUCUUUGAAUUGACAAAGUUCACCAGUGAGCAGUCGUUGGCGUAUAAAGAAUCGAUGCAAAUUAUCAUCAAUGCCAAUGUCAAGUUGACAUUUAUUGGCUCCAUCAAUGAUCAGCUUGUGCCCAUGUACUCUGCUGUUGCGUCGCAUGUGUUUCACCCCAACAUCUACCGUGCUUGUUACAUUGACCAUGCAUCGCUGACUCCUCCGUUCAUCUCGAAAUUGGUGUCGCUUUGUUGUCACCUUCUGAACAUUGGUUUUUUUGACAAUAAUGUACUCAAGGAGCUCAGUCCGAUUCUUGCGGGACCCUUGACGGGCGGCGGUCAUUCCAAGAUCUACAAUGAUGGAAAAGUGUACGAUUUGGGCAUCAAAUUUGCUCUCGACACCGAUGACAUUGUAAUUCCUCCAACGUCUUCUUCUCAUAUGAUAGCCGAACUGGCCAAUUCGAAUCACGAGGGCUUGUCGGAGGGCUCAUUGGUGAAAGGUGUGGGUGGCUAUGACUCUUUGGAUGCAGCCGCAAGUGCGGACGAAGUGCACAAAUUGCCGUUUACGAACCAGGUUUACAUCAAAGAGUACAACGUUAGUAAGGUGGGCACCAACCCAUUUAUACUCCCGUGGUGCCUCAGGGGACUUCUCUUCAACAUUGAGAAGAACUGGCCAAAUAACAAUAAGCUUCUACUGGUUGAUAAUGGAAGGGAUGUGGGGAAAAAUGGCUACGAUGAAAUCAAUGAAUUGUAUGAAUUGUUCGAGCUGUGGAAACCAGAAACAAAAUUAUUGAAGGACUUGAAGUUUCGACUCAAUGGCUUGCGGGCGAGCAAGUUGUAA